AGAGAGUCCACAGGACGUGAGUGUCAGCAGCAGAGGAGGAGGAGGAGGGGGGAGCUUCCAGACUGGAUGACUGGAUGGGCCCAGCAAUGCCUUGAUGGAGCAUGGGCCAGGUUUUAGGAUUCUCCCACUGCCAGGAAUAUGGCUCCGUGGCAUCCACUCCAGACUCAACUCCUCCCUGCACUGAUGGUGGAAAUGAGGAGUCAGAGAUGUAUGAGCUGCACACGGCCAGGGAGUGGUCCGACGACGAUGAGGGGGGCGAUGGAGAUCCAGAUGAUGAUGAUGAGGGACUGGCUUCAUCCCCGUCUAUUUGGGGCACACCGCGUCAGAACUCCUUCGAGCAGACUUUCUCCUACAUCGCUAUUGCCGAGGCUGAAGCAGUGGGUGCCUCUAGACUCCUCCGCGAUCGACGCAGGGCUGGUUCUCGAGGCAGUCGCACUCCUCUGAUCCGCACGGACACCCUGGAAACACUGUUGGACUCCCCUGAUGCAGACUGGGAUCCUCAACUGUUCCUCGGUAGAGAUGAAGAAGAGGAAACGUCAGAAAGCAGAGAGCAUGAGAGAGUUGAGACGAGGACAGAAAGUGCUGGAGAAAGACGGGAAAGGGAGCAACAAAGACAAACUGAAACUAUUACAAUUCAGCCCUCUCCCCAAAACCUGGACCCAGAACCUCAAGAGAGAGAUGAAGGAGUUCAAAGAGAGGAGAGUGUUGACGAGAGUGUGGAGAAUUCCCCUUCCAUCCUGUCAUCCCUGCAACAGAGCCCCUCACAGAUACUUCAGACAGCAGCAGCUGAGCCAGUAUCUUCUGUUGCCAGGGAAACCAUUUCAGUCAAGCUUCUCACAACUGUGCGACCGGGAGACCCAGCGUCAUCUGCGCCGCCUGCCAUUGGCCUAAACACUCAGGAACAACUGGUCAGAGAUCACUGGUUUUCAGCACUUAACCUAACAGAGGACUGGGCAGCAUGCACACACAUAGCAGUGAUGGACUUGAUCUACUGGAAGGACACGGAGCGGAGUGGCAUGGUGCUCACAGGGUUAGUGGUGGGAUUGCUGUCCCUGUUCCAGCUCAGCAUCAUCACUGUGGUCUCCACAGUCUCCCUGGCUAUCAUGUGCUUCACCAUCUCAGUACGGAUCUACUACCAACUCCUCUACAUCCUCAGCUGGGGUGAUGGAGAACAUCCGUUCAAGUCUUAUUUGGACUUGGACAUCAGCUUCAGUGGAGAGCAGGCUGACCUCUAUAUGCAGAAACUCAUUGUGAUGACUCUGUCAGCUGUUGACACUCUGAAGAGACUCUUUUUUGUUGGCAACCUUUUUGAAUCCCUCAAGUUCCUGUUUCUGAUGUACCUUGUGACAUACCUGGGAGACCUGUGCAAUGGCCUUACUUUGCUCAUCAUCAGUGUGAUCGCUGUCUUUUCUCUGCCCCUUUUUUAUAUACGACGUCAGGAGCAGGUUGAUGGCGUUAUUGCAAAAAUCCAGGCCCAAAUUGACAACGUCAAGGACAUUCUUCAAAGACUUGUCCAGGGUGGUGGCCCUCCUCCUGAUCCAACUCCUGGUGGUGCCAAACCCAAAACCCAGUAAUCACUCAUGGACAGCGACUUAAAGAGAAGCUACAUGAGUUACAGACUGUCACUCAGAUGUCUUACAUGGCAGUCUGUGCUCAGAGCUCCACAGAACAGAGCUCCAGAAACGGGGAAGGGAACGAAAGGGAGGUUAUUUAAAUGAAUGAUGAUGAGGGCUACGCAUGGUACUUCACACUAACUGUAUCCAAGUUAUGGGGGUUAGAGGAUGGGGCUGAGAUGAUUCUGCUUCAUGGUGUAUGAAUCCUGGAUAGGACUCUUGCUGCUGGUUUCGAAGAAGAAGAGAUUCUGCAGCGCAGGUGAUUGCGCAUGACCAUCUUUGGAAAUAUUGUUUUUGACAUGUAAAAAAGAAUUCAAAAAGUGUCUUAAAUUGAGCUGUAGUCCAAAAUGAGGUACAAGACCAUAAAAGGGAAGCUCCCACACUGACAGCUACACGCCUGAGUAAAGGGAAUUGAGUCGUUGAGGGGAUUUGUGCGAGGAGCACUAAAACAGGGGUCAACACAGAUCACGGCAGCAUAAAACUGGCAAUUAAAGACGUGUGUGAAAUCACAUGUACAUUUCUCCAUGCAUAUUCAUUCACAUGACUGUUUAUCUGUGUGUAUGCAGGUGUGUAUGGACGUUUCUGUGUUUGUGUGUGCAUGUAUGCGAGUAACUGACAUAGAGCUUGCUCAAACAAAACUGUUACCCAGCAAUUAAAGUCACAUUUCUUAAUUUUCCAAAA